GUAUUAAAUGUCCCCUUUUCAUCAUUACAUAAAUUGCGUGUUGCAUUUAUCUUGUAGUUACACAUACAUAACUUUCACUCAAAAGCCUUUGUCAGCUAUUUCCUCUCGUUUUUAUCGCCGUGCUAUAGUUUUGUGUGUAUGUUUGCUGCUUCAAAAAAUACACCAUAAAUUCUUAAUCUUUUUUCGAUCAACAUGGAUCGUCUCCGUAAGGAUGUUGAUAACGUUAAUUCCUCAACACAGCCAGUUGUUGAAUCUGCCAGGAAGAAGUCUGUGAUCGUAUAUGACCCAACAGAUAUCGUGAACUAUAUGGGAGAACUUAGGGACACUUAUCUAAAUCAAAGGGAGAAGUAUGAUGGGUUCCUUGCCCUUAUGAAGGAGCAUAAUGAUAAAAGAGUUGAUAAUCCGGACUUCAUUGCUGGGUUAAAAGAACUGUUUCUAGGGCAUCAUAACUUAGUUCUUGGUUUCAACAAGUUCUUGUCCCGUGGGAAUGCAAUCACCCUUUAUGAAAAAGAAACUGCACCUGAUAAGAGAAAAACGGAAUUCGAGGAGGCUCUAUUUUUCGUUGAGAAAGUAAAGAAGAUUUUCAAAAGCAACACUCAUGUCUACAAUUGUUUUCUGGACCAUUUGGAUGCGUACAAGCAUGGAGCAAAGAGCAUUCAUGAGGCCUAUCGUGAGAUUGCAUCACUUUUCAAGGAUCACCCCGAUCUUUUAUUCGAGUUCAACAAAUAUUUAACAAACUCAUAAUUUGUUAUUUCUUAUGUAAUAUUAAAUGAUUCGAUGGCAUCAAUGUUGUUUGUUGUUGUCUAAAUUGGUACUUUAUCCUUGUCUCGUGUUUGUUACGAAUUAGUUUUUAAGAUGUUGAACCAUUGCAAGCUGAACAUCUGAAGUUGACAUUAUGUGUCUUUUUCAACAAUGUUAUGGGAC